AUGGCUUUACAUCAAUUUGAUUAUAUCUUUGCAAUUGCAAUGAUUUUUGCAUUUUUAGAUGCUUGGAAUAUUGGAGCAAAUGAUGUUGCAAAUUCAUUUAGUACAUCAGUAUCAUCAAGAUCUUUAAAAUAUUGGCAAGCAAUGAUUUUAGCAGCAAUUAUGGAAUUUUUAGGUGCUGUUUUAGUUGGUUCAAGAGUUUCAGAUACUAUUAGAAAUAAAAUUGUUGAUAUUGAUGUUUUUGCAGAUUCUCCUUCUGUUUUAAUGUUAACUAUGGCUACUGCUUUAGUUGGUUCUUCUACUUGGUUAACUAUUGCUACUACUAUUGGUAUGCCAGUUUCAACUACUCAUAGUAUUGUUGGUGCAGUUAUUGGUGCUGCUAUUGCUGCAAAGGGAGGUUCAAAUAUUCAUUGGGGUUGGGAUGGUGUUUCACAAAUUAUUGCUUCAUGGUUCAUUGCUCCAGCAAUUGCUGGAUGUUUUGCAUCAAUUGUAUUUUUAAUUUCAAAAUUUUUAGUUUUAGAAAUUAAAAAUCCAAAAACUUCUUUAAGAAAUGCAAUGUUAUUAGUUCCUUGUUUAGUUUAUGCUGCUUUUUCAAUUUUAACUAUGUUAAUUGUUUGGAAAGGUUCACCAAAAUUAGGUUUAAGUAAAUUAUCAACUGGUACUAUAGUUGCUGCUAUAUUUGGUACAGGAGCUGUUGCAACUGGUGUUUACUUUUUAUUUGCUUUCCCAUACUAUAGAAGAAAAUUAGUUCAUGAAGAUUGGACUUUAAAAUGGUAUCACAUUUUCUUAGGUCCAAUUUAUUGGUUUAAAUCAACUGAUAAUAUUCCUCCAAUGCCUCAAGGUCAUAAUUUAACUUUAGAUUAUUAUAAAGGUAGAAGAUAUGAUGAAACUGGUAAAGUUAUAGAUGAUGAUAAUGUUAAUGAAAUUAAUGAUUCUGAUUCAAUUGAUAGAAAAACUGAUGAAAAUGAUAAUUCAGAUAUUGAAAAAUCUCAAUCAAUAAAUGUUCAAAAUAAUAAAUUAUCAAAAACUGAAAGUGGUUCAAUUGGUGAUAAAAUUGAUUCAUGGCCAAAAAAAUUCUCAGCUUAUUGGUCAUUAGCUAAACAAUCUCCAACAAAUUGGCCAUUUGUUUUAUUAUUAGUUGCUUCUCAUGGUGUAAGACAAGAUAUUAUUUCAAAUCAAGCAAAUUCAAAAGAUAUGUUAGCUGGUGAUAUUCAUAAAAUGCAUACUGCUUCAAAAUAUUAUGAUAAUAAAAUUGAAUUUAUGUAUUCUUUAUUACAAGUUAUAACUGCUUGUACAAUGUCUUUUGCUCAUGGUGCAAAUGAUAUUGCAAAUGCAACUGGACCAUUAGCUACUGUAUAUUUAGUAUGGACAACAAAUACAACUGCUAAAAAAGCUGAAGUUCCAAUUUGGGUAUUAUGUUAUGCUGCUUCUGCAUUAGUUAUUGGUUUAUGGACUUAUGGUUAUAGAAUUAUGGCAAAUUUAGGUAAUAAAUUAAUUUUACAAUCUCCAGCAAGAGGUUUUUCAAUUGAAUUAGGUGCUGCUGUUACAACUGUUAUGGCUACACAAUUAGCUAUUCCAGUUUCAACUACUCAAUCAGCUGUUGGUGCUACUGUUUUUGUUGGUUUAUGUAAUAAAGAAUGGAAAACUGUUAAUUGGAGAAUGGUUAUUUGGUGUUAUUUAGGUUGGAUUUUUACUUUACCUUGUGCUGGUUUAAUUGCUGGUUUAAUUAAUGCUAUUAUAUUAUAUGCUCCUUCAAAGGGAGUUACUUAUACAAUGGAUUAA